AUGAGCCGAAAGACUUUUGGAGACUUAGUCACAUUAUCGGACUACCCGUCAGAUCCCAUCGGUUAUUAUCAGGCGAUGGCAAAGGACUUGCGUGCAAUCACUCGUAGUCCUUCGGUCCGUCCGGCCUUUGCGAAGAUUGUCACCAGCCUCGUCUACACAGUACACUGCUCCCACUUGUGUGAUGGCCCUGCAGGUCGCUGUCUACACCAGCGUGCCCCUCUUCAUGACUGGAUAGUAGGGUCAGCGAAGAAAAUUCGAGAUAGAUUUCCUGCAACUAGAAAGGCUACCUUGGCCCUGGCAUGUCGUUAUCGGGAUUUAUGGAGUGGAGGUCAAUGUUUCAUGGGACGGGAGUCAGACGAGGAGACUUAUAGCCGAAUAGAAAGGGUUGGGAAGGUCAACGAGUCAGCCAAGGUCGCCGCCAAAAAGAAUGUCGCCAAAUUCUGGAGUCACAAUCUUGGACUCUAUAUGGAGAUAUUCCAGAAUGGAUGGACUUUGAGUUUCACCCACGAUACAUCGAGACCUAUACGGUCUCCCCUAGCGUUGUGGUUGAUUUGGAUGAGAUCAGGGAUACUCUCAAGAAGGAACGAAGCGCCGUAGAAAAGUAGCCAACUAGACACGGCACUAUAGUAGCAAAAUCAAACACCGCUCGCAAAAGGCGUUGUCGGCUCCUUCAUAGCUGUUGGCUUACUCAGAAGCUUCCUGUAUAUAUUUCCUCCUUCCGCUCAAUAGCUAGCUUCCUCACCAUCAUCAAUACAACAGCUUUUGGCCCCACAUCUAGUCUUGAUUCGUUUUCCUUCUGACUACCACUCAGCGUGAUCUGACUACCACUCAGCGUGAUCUACCCGUCAG